AUGUCGAGAACCUUGCUGAAGUCAGUUUGCAAAGCCAUGGAGCGCAUUGCUCCUCUAAGGCUCGCUGAAAAGUGGGAUAAUGUAGGAUUGCUAUUAGAAUCACCCAUUGAGAAACAGAAACCUGGGAAUGUACUUCUUACUAUUGAUUUAACUUCGGCUGUGCUCGCAGAAGCACUCACCCAAGAUGCUUCGGUCAUUGUAUCUUAUCAUCCGACCAUUUUCAGCGGACUUAAGUCCAUGACGCUUUCAAAUCCGCUGCAGAAGUCGCUACUUAGCUGUGCUGCGCAGGGCAUAUCAGUCUACUCUCCCCACACUUCUCUCGACUCUGUCUGGGGAGGCAUCAAUGACUGGCUGGCGGAAGGUUUGAUGAAAGGAAAGGACGAUGGCCAAAUUCGCGCUCUGGUGGGUGAGAAGCUGAGCCCAGCUACCGGUGAAAGCGAAGGCGCAGAAGGGCGACUAAUCACACUAAACGAGCCAAUUGGGAUGGAUGUUCUGGAAAAGAGGAUAAAAUCCCAUCUCAACCUUUCCAAAAUUCAAGUGGGUUAUCCUGCUGAUGGAUGUUCUUCUUCCACUGUACGCUCGAUCGCUAUUUGUGCUGGCUCUGGUGGAUCAAUGCUGUUAGGCAAGGAAGCGGAUGUGUAUUUUACAGGAGAGAUGUCGCAUCACGAGGUCCUAGCUGCAGUUGCUGCAGGAAAGCACGUCAUUCUUUGUGGCCACACCAACACCGAACGGGGCUAUCUUCCGAUCCUUGCCGCCAAAUUACAGGCCGAACUUCGAGCUACCAACAGUGAGCCCAGGGAUCAUGGCAUGGAGGAAGUCAGGGUGAUAGUGAGCCAAAAGGAUAAACACCCUCUCGAGAUUGUUUAG